AUGAGUGGAUUCAGAUUCGCGUUCUCAUUGCAGAAGAGUGAAGUCGAAAAAGCUCAUCCGCCUGGAACUGCCAAGCUCUAUGAUCAUCAACUACAAAGAUCAGCAUUGGGGACUCACACGGAUCAAGAUGAUAUUCUUGUACUUAUUCCCAAGCCAAGUGCCGAUCCUGCCGAUCCAUUGAAUUGGGCAACAUGGAGAAAGGUGAUGGUAUUGUUGUCACUAUGUUAUUAUACCUUCGUGGGGAACGUGGUAGCCACCACCCUCACUAGCGCACUUGGCUACCUUGAAAUCGCAUUUCCAACAAUUCCCUACGCUAAACUAAUUCGUGCACUUGCGGUGAAUACCUUGAUGAUGGGAUGCUCCAAUAUCUUCUGGGUACCAUUAGGGAACAUAUUUGGACGAAGAACAGUGACCAUACUUGGUCUUCUCAUCUUGGGACUUACAUCAAUAUGGUGUGCCAAAGCCAACGACUACGGGAGUCUUGUUGGGGCUAGAAUCUUUCAGGGUAUUGGCAUUGGCCCAUCCGAGACAGUAUCACCCACUGUCAUUGGCGAGAUUUUCUUUCUCCAUCAAAGGGGAAGAGCCAUGGCAGUGUACACUGUUUUCCUUGUCCUCGGCUCCAUCAUCGGAGCUAUCAUCGGCAGCUAUAUUGCUGCGGAGGCAGGUUGGCGCUGGACGCAAUGGCUCAACGUGAUCAUGUCUCUAGCUGGAUUGGCUUUCACCUUCUUCUUUCAACCUGAAACUCUCUAUCUUCCGCGCGUGAACGGUGCAAAUGACGAAGAUUUGCCAGACCCUACCAGUCUAGACCCUGUGGAUUCAACAGAGGAGAAGCCAACCACUCACAGAGGGGAGGACAUUGUAGAGACUGCAAGCUAUGCUCCUUUCACAUUCAAGCGCAGUCUAAAAGUCGGCAUGUACCGUGGAAACAUAAUCCAUGAGUUCAUUGGUCCUUGGCGCACAUUGAUGUUUCCGAGUGUGUGGAUUAUCAUGUUGCAAUAUGGUGGCUUGGUGGGUGGAGUAGCCGCUGCCGAGUCUAUGGCUGUGAUAUUUGUCAGUGAGCCACCCUAUCUGUGGGGUGCAAAGGCUGGACUGAUCAGUAUUGGAGGGCUGAUUGGUUCUGUCCUUGGUGUUAUCGCCACGUUCUUUACUUCCGACUUUGUCGUCAAGCGUCAGGCCCAUCGUCAAACGAAUGGUCUCAGCGAGCCAGAGACCAGAUUACCAGCCAUGAUCCCUGGUUUGAUCCUUGCAACAGCUGGUAUCUGGGCUUUCGGAUUCAGCGCUGCCACAGGAAGCCCUCAUGCAUGGAUUGGGUUGGAGUUUGGCAUUGGCAUGAUUUGCUUCGGUCUGAUGCAAGUUCCUUCUAUCGGCUUCAACUAUUUAAUUGAAUCUUACCACUCUAUUAGUGGUGACUGUUUCGUUAUCAUUACCAGUCUGCGUGCAAUCAUCAGCUUUGCAUGGUCUUUCUUUGUGGGUAACUGGGUUACUGCAGAUGGCUUCAAUGAGCCAUUUGGGAUAUUUGGUAUGCUCAUGGGAAUUUUCGGUCUACUUACCAUUCCUCUUUUCGUCUACGGUAAAAGAAUUCGGAUCGCUACAGCACAUUUGGUUCCCACGUCUGGCAAAGUCGAAUAA